CAGGCUCCCAGAUUGGCUGAAAACUUCUGUGUCUGCCAUUUGGCUACUGGGGACAUGCUGAGGGCUAUGGUAGCUUCUGGCUCAGAGCUGGGGAAAAAGUUAAAGGCCACAAUGGAUGCUGGAAAACUGGUGAGCGACGAAAUGGUGGUGGAGCUCAUCGAGAAGAACCUGGAGACCCCUUCGUGCAGGAACGGCUUUCUUUUGGAUGGCUUCCCCCGGACGGUCAGGCAGGCCGAAAUGCUCGACGACCUCAUGGUGAAGAGGAAGGAGAAGCUUGAUUCCGUGGUUGAAUUCCGCAUCCCAGACGCUCUGCUCAUCCGGAGGAUCACAGGAAGGCUGAUUCACCCAAUGAGUGGCCGUUCCUACCACGAGGAGUUCAACCCUCCAAAGGAGCCCAUGAAAGAUGAUAUCACCGGGGAGCCUCUGGUCCGCCGAUCGGAUGACAACGAGAAGGCCUUGAAGAUCCGCCUGGAGUCCUACCACACGCAGACCACCCCGCUGGUGGACUACUACCAGAAGCGGGGCAUCCACUGUGCCAUCGAUGCCUCCCAGACCCCUGACGUGGUGUUUGCGAGCAUCCUAGCAGCCUUCUCCAAAGCCACAUCCUAGUAACAGAAGCCAGGCGAGACUGCACCGCUGCUCCUCACCCGCUGCGUGGUCCCUGCUCUGGGUGCUGGGCAGAGGGAGGUGGUCACGGCCCCGGAGGAGGGUCUGGGAGAGCAGCCGUGUUACUGUAAGGAGGCGGUUUCUUUUUCACAGCAGUGGGAGGUUGUAAAAGUAUAAAGGUGGAAAUUAAUUUUAAAAAACAAACUGUGAUUGGGUGGUGUGGGUAGAACUAGGGAGGUACAGUAUUGUAAUUUCUACAGAAUCCAGUUUUCAAUUACUUAGUACUGGUAACAAUAUUUUUUUAUAAAGCCGGGACCUUAAGACCUCAGCUUUUAUCUCAGAACCUCAUGAGCUUCCAGCCAAGAAUGCAGAAAAUGAACUAUUAUACUGUCUGCCCUAAAGCGUGGCACGGGGAGACUUUGACUACUGAACCUGAUUCCCCCCACCAGGAGAUUAAAAAUCAUCUCCACGCAUGAGAGAGGUGUGGAGUGCUCAUGGGGAGGGUGGCUCAGCCUCAAGUCCUGGAGGGCUGGGGAGGGGGCGGGCACAACGCUCUCACUCUUCCCCAAGCUGUCCGUGGACUGACCUGUCUGCCCGCUCUGGCCAUGGAUUAGCUCCCAGACAUCCAGAACACCCCACAAUCCUGCACUCUGCCCUUCUACUGUGUGUGAAGAAACCCUUUGCGUAUGUAUGCAAGUAUCCUGAGCAAUAUCAUCCAAAGAUUGUCUCUCCAUGCUCACGUGCUGUGACGGCUCACCCGACAGCACUGUGAUGUACUGUCCUCAACAAGGUGCCUUUCUCAAAGUGACCAUUGCUGCCAUGUUUGGCCUCCGAGUCAAUAAAAUGUGUUUAACAGUU